AUGUUAACCAAUAUUAUUAUUAUUAUUAUUAUUUUUAAUGUUUUCUGCAAUAUACAAUUCACUAGUCAAAUAUCAUUACAAAGUACUCAUAAUAAUCAAUCUAUUACAUCCAUUUCUACUGUAGACAACCAAUAUCGAGGAGCUGCAGUUCAUACGAUAAUUACUGAUAAUCAUAUUGCUAAAAAAUUGAACAAACUUGAUUCACGGACAAUAGGCUUUACAACAGAAACAUCUACAUCUAAUAAUCAAUCAUCUUUUAUUCCUCCAUUUCAAACUAAACGUUUACCAUGUAAUCCUGAUGUUGUUGCACCUGAUGGAUCAUUAGUUCGUAAUUUAUUAACAACAAUUGGAGGUAGUAUGGCACAAUUUUCUCUUCCUCCUGGAAUGACAUCAAAUGCUGUUGAACAUCGAACUGUUUCUGAAAUAUGGUAUUUUCUAUCUGGACAUGGUGAAUUUUGGCGUAAACAAAAUGAUAGAGAAGAAAUUGUAACAGUUGGUGCUAAUGUAUGUAUUACUAUACCAGUUGGUACACAAUUUCAAUUUCGUACAAUUGGACGACGAACUCUUGUAGCAGUAGCAAUUACAAUGCCACCAUGGCCAGGAGGUAAUGAAGCUAUGCUGAGACAAGGUAUUUGGAAUCCAAGUGUUGUUGGAACUGGACAUUGA